CAUUUAUUAAACCAUGAUAAAAUAGAUAUCUUUUUUAUGUCGAUUCUUCUUGCUCUACGUUUUCAUAUCUCUAGCAGUACUUGGUUCAUGACGUAGCCAUCUUCUCCAUUCAGCGUGCAUAAAAAUGUCUUUUUUUCAAAAUUUUAUCUCCCGAUUGGUACCGGCCGUCAAAGCCGAGGAUGAAGAAUUAGUUGAUCCUCUGCAAGUUCGUCGUGAGGAAUGUAGGCAAAAACCUAAAUGCAUUACACUUAAAGAAAAAUUGGAUACUUGCAAUGACAGAGUUAAUUCAAGAACGAAAACAAGCGAAACUUGUUUAGAAGAAAUAAUAGAUUAUGUGAGCUGUGUUGAUCAUUGUGCGGCUCAUGGUCUCAUGAAAUUGCUUAAGUAGAUUACAAUUGGUAAUUAAUCUGUUUCAAAUAAAUCUAAUAGUUCUAUUGACUGUAUAUAAAUAUUUAAAACUAGAAAUAAAUAUUCAAAUUUAAAUUAAACAAUAA